ACCGACCUCCUCCUCCCCUCCUCCAUGACCUGCUGCCGGUAGUCAUGGUCUCGUCUCCAGGCCUGUUCGAAAACAUCCCUCCGCGUCCCCCCACCCCUCCACGCGACACCGACCGCGCCGUUGCAGACGCCCUGGACUUCUUGUCCGACAGCUUUGAGACCGAGCAGGCCAGCGUGCCCACGCCUCUACGACUAGACGCCGCCCCGGUCGUCAACACCCCUCCGCGCCGCUCUCCUUGCUCCUCCGUCGACCAGACUGCCAGCCGCUCAAAAGGCCGCUCCAAAAAGGUAGAUUUUUCGCCAUGGACCGACUACCAUAAGGCCGACGACUACUUCGCCCGCCGCAAGUCUCACAACGCCGCUGCCGCCGCCGCCUCACCUUUACGCCCACUGCCGCAACCGAGGGACCCCAAGACCCUCAAAUCCAUUCUCAAGCCCCACGAGCCUCCGCUUACAUACGACUCCGAUUCGGCUUCGCAGUCCCCGCAUAAGUAUGGAAAUUUCGCCGAAAUGCUCGAGGCAAUGGUCAAGCAACUGGCUGGAGGAUCGCGGCCUCACAAGCUCGAUUCAUACGUCACGCUCCUGAGCACACUGAAGGCCUAUGAGGACAAACCGGAUAUGAACGCGCUCAUAAAUAAGAUUGGCCUCUUGACGCAAUUCAUUCGCCGGGAUAUUGCGAUUGUCAACGAGAACACCGAGCGGCAGGAUUGCCAAUUGGCGGUGCAAGCGCUGAAGUUGCUAAUAGCACUAAUGCGCCUUCCUGCAGUCGCUGAUAAGAUCCCGGAAGAUUUCCAGACCUUUUUCCUCGACCGCUCAAUCGAACAAUUUAGCGACCAUACUGCUCCGAAAAUAUGGGUGAAUCCUCUCAUCUUUGCUUUCUCUCAGCAACGGUUUGGGCCGCGGGCUAUGACUGCGGACCGGGCAAACCGAGCUAUUACAGCACUGCAAGAUAUAGAGGAUCGCAUCUCCGGGUCACACGUGAUCAUUCACAGGCUCCUCGUGUAUCAGAAACUUCUGGAUCAAGCACGGCCCGUGAUGGUAGCCAGGAUAUCGGAUUGGCUACAACACCUCUUCCAUCCUAUGCUGAGCAGCGUUAAAGAGACCCGACUUCGGUCGAUUGAGGUAGGAACUGUGGCAGGGGUUACUAUAGGCGACGUGCCUCAGGUAUCAAGAGCCACGGUGGACAUCAUGGGCAAAGAAGUCGAAAAGGGAGGUACUUAUGGCGAGUAUUUCGCAGGUCGGUUGAGCAAGAUGUGUGUAGAUGAUGAUGCCGCUCCGCAUGUGCCGAACAUCUGGUCAGCCGUUAUGCUUCUGAUGAGGAGUCGGCGCAAGAAGAUCGAUCAAUGGAGGCUGUUGAAAAAAUGGCUAGAGGUCUUUCAAAAAUGCGUAAAUUCCGGUAACAAGGAAGUUGCGGCUCAAGCAAAUAUUGCCUGGAAUCGCUUCGUUUAUGCCAUGAAGCCUGACGAAUCGACUACACAGCCGGUCAGGAACCUGCUUCGGCAAGCUAUCCUUAGCCAGAUUGAACGACGCGGAACUGACAAGGAUGCACGACGGAUGAGACUGUCCGCUUUUUCAAGCUAUUGCAACCUCCUUUACUAUUCUCUCCCACCAUCAGCAUCACCCGAGCAUCUGGACCUGUACUGGAAAGAGUUUGUCACUGUUCCGCUUAGCAAGAUUGCUCAAAUCGACCAGAAAGGUGCGACUACUGCUUGUCGGGUCCUCGCGGCUCUGUUUAAGGGGAACAAGUCGCGCAUCUGGAACGAAAAUCUUGCGAUCGAAUCGUUCACUAUCGGUACCAAUGACCUUCCCAGCAUAGAUCCUCGGUGGACACGACAGAGGCUCAAAUCAGUUCUACAAGUGGUGGAGAUUUGCCUUGCUAACGGAUCCUGGGAUCGGAAAGAGCCGGUCAGCCCCAGCCCCAGCCCUACCGACUGGGUUUCUUCUGGUGUGUCCACCCAUGUCAUGUGGACUGCGCUUAUGCUGGCGGUAGCAGAAGCAGGCAGCAAAGAGGUCACUAUUUCAGUGGAACUCAAGGAGGCCAUCGCUCAUAUCAUGAACAUGUUGCAUCGCAUAUGGACCAACCGCCCGCUGUCUUUGGGCGGAGAUGGAGGCGACCAAGGGAGCUGGAUCGACAAGUUCGGCUUUCUGGUAACGACGACUUUUGAAACGUUAGGACCGGCUCCUUUUUCUGAUGCCAUACUUUCGCGGAACGCUGGUUCGGAUUUUGAAGCCAUCCUUACUCCUUCCCAUCGCUCAAAGGUUCGCGGGGCACUUCAGUCACCACUGCUCUUUUUGCUGGGGCUGGGCUCCACUUCCACCGACCUGGACGACUUGAAGCUGGGGAUUCUUGCGCGGCAGAUCAUACAGCUUUGUUGCAAUGCUAAGCCCUCGAGGAAACUCAAACUUGAACUUCUUAAAGACUGCGUCCAAAGCAUGACUGAGGAAUCGCGUCCUGAACUACAAUCAGGAAUGUGGUGCCUAGCCGCAGAUAUAGUGGCCUCUACCAUGCAACCGUCUGCCGAUGUCGACGCAUCUCAGCAGUCCGGGGAAGAAUACCGUUACGUCACCAAGGUCUUGACGGAUGGGCUGCGUUAUGAUGACGACCAUUCUUUAACUAUCAUUCGCGUUCUAUACGAAUCCUUGGUCUCGACAGUCCGCGAAGAGGGCGGUGACGGCGCUGUUGCUCUCGCGGUGACGGAGCCAUUAGCUGAAGUGCUGCGUUCACCAGUUGCACGGCAUUCUCAACUUGCAUCAGUCCACCUUUCGGCAUUGGCACUGACUGGGUUCGAUCACCCUCGACACCGAAAAGUAAUUGAGCAAGCACGUAAGACCCUGUGGGGUGUCAGUUCAGGUCCCCAGAAACCCACUGAUUUCGACCCAUACAAUCAUUUGUACGAAAUGAUUGUGUUGCAACUUCGAAAUACCUACGAGGUUCUCGUACCCGAGACCCGGUGCAUCGGUUCAACCGUCGCAUUGUUGUCGACUUUUUGCGCUUUGCUACAACAUUGGCCCAUGUCGUUUGCAUCAAUAAUGUUACGCAAAACACAAGUCGGUAUUGCUUUGUGGGUGGCGGAUGACGAGCAAAAAUUGGGCGAGGCAUCGGAUGCUUUGCAGGGUGCACGACAAGCAGUUGUAAAUUUGUGGAAUAUUGUCGCGACUGCUAUUGAAGGAUUGCCUCGUAAGGAUAGCAAUGUUCUCCGCCACUUGGAAGUCCUUGUUGCUUCUGGUUUGUCUAGCAGACGUAAAAGCAUCCUGAACAGGGCAAUUGAGAUGUGGAACGCUACAUUUGGCAAAGAGUCAAAUCUGCAAUAUCCAUCCAAGGUUGAGAAGGCACUCCGCAGGCUUCGGUCAAUUGUGGACCUGCAGCUCCCCAGCUUUCCUGAUGCUGCAGAUGGCGAUGAUACGGAAACAUUACCCGCAUUUACGUUUACGGAGUCCCAAGAUGACAUUCCAUCUUCAACCAGCAGGUAUCUUCCACCAUUAAGCCAUCGCCCACCGCCGGGUGCUCAACGACCCCCACCCUCUUCGUCUCCUCCUCCGCCUCUUGGGCCUUCUGCCCUAGCCCCAAGCACUCGCGUGGGGAACUCCGAUAAGCCUACGCCCAGGGCACGGCUGCGUCACGAUGAUUCUCAAAUACAAUUUGUUCCUAUUGAAUCUUCUCCCGCACCUGAGGCACCAGACUCUCAAAUGCUCACAGAGCGUCAAAAAGAAGUCAGGGAUAGGCAAAAAGAGGGGGUGGCUGCUAUGUUUCCCGAUAUUAGUUCGAGCCCUAUUAGGCAACCCAAAGAUCAACAUUUGGAUCUGCCCAUGUAUCACAAACCUGGCGAUACCCCGUCACUCAGUGAUGCUGAAUCUCGCUCUGCAACGCCGCUCGUUAGAGAACAGGACCUAGCCGCUCCAAACGAGGUUCCAAACUCAUCGCCGACACCCAAGUCCCGUCGCUCAAGCCAAAGCUCAGGCAACAUUGCUGCAUUCGCUCCGACGGCUGCCCAACCAACCAUAGCAAAGGCAGCAGUGGAACCAGAUAUCCCGUCGUCUCCUCCGCGCUUUGAUGAUGAGGUUCAAUCCGGUGCGGUGGAUUCAACGGUCAUUGAGGAUAGUUUCGUUGGAGAAAAGUCUGGCAAUCCUGAGAAAUCCGACAAGCCCGAGGAGAUGUUGGACGAGCUACUCGUAGAACAGCUUGUCAACAACGCCUCUCAUCUCUCCGAAAGCCACCUCGACGAUGCUGACAAUGACUCCUUACCGAUAUCUGAUUUUUCGUCAAUUCCAUCUAUCGCUUCAGAAGAUGUCGACGCGGCAAAUCAACUUGCCAAUGAAUUUCAAGCGAGCGCCGGUCGGAACAUUGCAAAUCAACCAGAUCAGCUGCCUGACGACACUACUAUUGCAGAAGAACAGACAGGAGAAAUUCAACAUGGUGCAGAUCCAGCGGAACAACAAGCUUCGCCGAGAGUAGACGAAGAGAUAAGUUCUUUCAUGGAUGUCGCAGAGAAUCUUCCACAAGGAACAGCUCCCACACCACAAGAGACAGCACCUGCGAAGAUUGUCAUCGAAGAGGAUGAUAUCUCAGAAACGAGGCUAGAAUCAUCUCAAGCAAACAUGACUGUGGAUCAUUCCUUGGGCGAAUCUCAAAUCUUCGAAAAAGAAGCCACUCCAUCACUUUCUACUACAAACGUGGAGGGUUUUAUUGUGCCUACGCAGAAGGAUGGUGAAUCUUCUUCGCUUGUUGAAAAGGGCUCGGCUAGCCAGUCUGCUUCACAAAAGCCUAGCUUGGUUCCUCAGCCUAAAAGCCCCGCAAUGCCGAAAUCGCUGAAGCGUAAGAAUACAACGCCAGUAUCAAGUAGCAAGGCUUCGAAGCGGACCAAGAGGCAGCCAGAUCCCCACGAGGAAUCAGACAGCAGCACGCACAGCGACGACAGCAUCCUUAGCUGUAUUGUUGUCGCCACAACAUCGCAGGAAAAACCAAGGACUGCUUUCCGUUACACCAGACCAAGCACUUCCCAGGAACAACCCGAAAUGGAGACUCCUGUUCCACCAAAAAAGCGAGCUCCGGCCAAAGAGCCCACUUCCGGAUCGUCUUCGCAGAGGUCAUCUAGGAGAAUAUCUGGGACAGUACCAGAGCUUAAUCAAGGCUUGCAGCCAAGAAAGCGGAAGACAAGGUCCUCACAAUCAACCGAGGCGGACAACAGCAUGCAUGAGGACACGGUGAUCGCUGAGACGCCAGCACCAAAGAAGCGCAGGGGAAGAAAGCCCAAGGCGUCCAGUUCACAAAACUCUGCCGAUGCUUCACAGGCUUCACAAGCUUCGGGCGUUCGCGUCUUUAGUCACGUUGAGGUGCUCUCGAGCAGCGGCUCCCCGAUUUCGUCGCAUCGACCGUCCAUGGAGAGGGGACACGAUGGAGAAGGGUUGACGGCGGUGGAUGCUUAUCAGGACGGAGAGGUCAAAGCAGAAAAUGAAGAAGAGGACAAGGGCAGUAGGGCGGAGGCGGAGGCGGAGGGCGAGGCUCAGACUCAGGGUGUUGAGCAAGAUGUUCAGGAUUGGCCCAGGUUACAGCCCAGGAGCAUCCUUUCCAAAUUGAAGCAGAUCCUGGCCGACUGCAAACAGCUUGUGUUGAGGCGGGAGGAGGAGAGGGAGUUUGAUGAGGCGCUGUUUGAAGUAAGGAGGGAGAUACAUGAAGCGGGCCGGCGCGGGCGCGAGGAGAUCCCUGACAUUUCCACUGCCCCGCACACCAUCUCCGACUCCCCGACACGACAUCAUCCUCCUGCCGACACCAUGGUUGACCGCCCGCACAAGCCGCAGCCCCUCCCCAACACGGCAAAGGCCGCCUCGGACGCGCCCCAGCCCGUCGUCGACAUCUCCUCAGACAACAGCCGCGUGACGGCUCGCCUGCCCACGGGCGAGAGCGUCGAGGUCCUGCUGUACGGCGCGACAGUCAUCAGCUGGAAGAACGCAGACGGCAGCGAGAACCUCUGGCUGAGCGAGAAGGCGGCACUCGACGGCAGCAAGCCCGUGCGGGGCGGUAUUCCGGUUGUCUUUCCGGUCUUCGGCCCCCCGCCCGCCGACCACGCCACCUCGGCGUUGCCGCAGCACGGCUUCGCGCGGAACUCGCGCUGGGAAUUCCUGGGCAAAUCGACCUCCGAGUCGGGCAGCAGCAAGACGGCGUCGGACGACUGCGUGAAGCUCGACUUUGGCCUGUACUCUGCGAGCCUGGCGCCCGAGGCGCGCAAGGCGUGGCCGUCUGACUUCGGUCUCGUGUACAGCGUCACGCUGGGCCGUGAUGGGCUGCAGACGGUCAUGAACGUCCGCAACGAGGGCCAGGAGGCGUUUGAGUUCCAGGUCCUGCUGCACAGCUACCUGCGCGUUGAGGACAUCACCCGCGCCAGCGUGACGGGCCUGCUCGGCGUGUCCUACACGGACAAAGUGCUCAACGCCAGCAUGCACACGCAAGGCGACGCGAACCUGACCAUCACGGGCGAGACGGACCGCGUGUACGCGGCAAUUCCGCAAUCGACGACGACGGUGUUGGCGGGCGACAAGCCGCGCUUCGACGUGGUGCGCGACAACCUGCCGGACACGGUUGUGUGGAACCCGUGGAAGGAGAAGGCGGCCGCCAUGGGCGACUUCGCCCCCGACGACGGCUACAAGCACAUGCUGUGCGUCGAGGCCGGCAGCGUCAAGGGCUGGGCCACGCUCGAGGCCGGCGACACCUGGGAGGGCGGCCAAACUAUCAAGUCCCUGCUUUAGAUGUGCUAAGGUACUACCUAGGUGCCUCGUAGGUGGAGGGCGAGCGGGCGCUGGCGCAGCUGCCGAUGCGUGCGUGCGUGCAUGCGUGCAUGCUUGUUCAGCAGCUCGGCUUGUGGCGAGGCGAAUGGGGACCUGGGGUGCUAGGUAGGCGCCACAGCCAUGUAGGGGGUUUCAACACUGCUGCCAUCGCCGUUGUCGAAGGGCGAGAGCUGUCGCCGCAGUGCCAAGCAAAUGCGCUUUCUCUGCGAGGAGGCCAUACGACGUGACGCACAGCACUAUAUGAGAUAGAAGCAAGCAAACACCGAAAAUGGAAGCUUCCAUGUUUUACGAC